AUGAAAUUCUUCUCGGAGCUCUUCCUCGACAAGAACGAGAAACCCGCGAGCUCGGGCUUUCGAAAGCUGCCGCCCAUGCCGAAAACCACUUUGCCGCUUCUCAAGAACAUGUUGGAUGCCGGUGGUAAUGCUGAACGCUUUCACGACUGGUUGAAUGAACAGUCGACUGAGUUCGACAAUCGACCGUGGAUGUUUCAAAUCCCGGGACGUCCAGCGACGAUUGUGCUGUCGUCGCCCGAGAUGUUCAAAGAUGUCCUCGUGACGCAAGACAAUGUCUUUCUCCGUGGACCUGUGGGGCAGUACAUUAGCUACGACAUUUUCGGCAAUGGCAUGGUCAUCGCGGAUGGCGAUCCCUGGUACUUUCACCGGAAAACAGCGAGUCACUUGUUUUCCAUGCAGAUGAUGAAGGACGUCAUGGAAGCUACUGUGUUUGACAAGCUUGGUGUCCUCUUAGAUGUCCUGGACAUUUACGCCAAGCGGGGCCGGCCGUUCAGUAUCAAGGAGGAGCUGAGCCACUUGACGAUGGACGUUAUUGCCAAGAUUGGCUUUGGCCUGGAGCUCGACACGCUCAAGAACAGUCCGAAUCGGGAAGAAGAUCAUGAGUUCCUGAAAGCUUUCGACGAAGGGUCCGUGGCCUUUGGGGUGCGUAUUCAGUCGCCACUGUGGCUAUGGGAGCUGAAGAAGUACUUGAACAUUGGCUGGGAGAAGAUCCUCAUGGACAACACGCGGAUCAUGCACAAUUUCAUCAGCAAGGUGAUUGUCGACUCGAUGAACAAGAAGGCGCGACUUGCAGCUGAAGGCGAGACAAUGGUCGCGCGCGACUUGAUCACCUUGUUUUUGGAGAAGAGACUGGUACAGACAGAAGACGUGCACAUCGAUGACGACGACGCGACGAUUAUGCGCGACAUGGCCAUGACGUUUGUGUUUGCAGGGAAGGACUCGGCAGCGCAUAGUAUGGCCUGGUUCAUUGUCAACAUGAACCGAUACCCGCAAGUGCUGCACAAGAUCCGGGAAGAGAUGAAGGACAAGUUGCCAGGGCUCUUGAAUGGGACCAUCCGAGUGCCUACGCAUCAGCAGAUCCACAACCUCGUGUACCUGGAAGCUGUGGUGAAGGAAAACAUCCGUCUCCAUCCGUCCACGGGCUUCAUCGUUCGGGAGGCCAUGCAGGACACGACCUUGGUCGAUGGCACGUUCGUCCAGAAGGGCCAAACCGUGAUGGUCUCGUCGUACUGCAAUGGGCGCAAUCCGAAAACCUGGGGCGACGACAUGCUCGAGUUCAAACCCGAGCGCAUGAUUGACCCCGACACGGGCAAGUUGCGAGCACUGUCCCCGUACGUCUUCAGUGGCUUUGGCUCGGGGCGGCACGUCUGCAUCGGGCAGAAGUUUGCUAUGAUGGAGAUCAAGUUGGCCAUGGCGACGCUUUUCAGCAAGUUCGAUGUCAAGACGGUCACCGACCCGUGGCAGCUCACGUACGAGUUCUCCCUCACGAUUCCAGUCAAGGGACCGAUGGAUGUGGAAGUGACGCCUUUGCCUUCAACGGUGCCGGCAGCUUCAGCGUAA